CUUAUAGAUAGACGAUUACUUCAUACUUCAUGUCUCAACAGACACCUCCAAACUUGGCAUACAGCUGGCCUAUGUAUUGUAUUGAGUGCGAUAUUCUUGCAAGAUGCCGGUGGAAGUUGGAGGGUAACCAACAGUCACAUAUAGUAAGAACCGCCUAUCCACUGGAUAGUAUUGGAUCAGUGCGCUGUGACAAGUGCGCCUCAGCCUGCAGCCAGUCAUUUGUUCCGACUAUGAUUGAAAGCUACCAAGCUAGACCGGAAAUGCUAUAUCAGCCUGUCGUUAGGCGUUUUUUAGGUGACAGUGGUUCAUUUUCUUCCAAACGCCCCAAUAGCAUUCAGCCAGGCCUGAUGUCAGGCCGUGUAACGUUAACACAAGGCAGAGAAAAUCCUGGAGUGCGGCCCAUUUUAAGAUAAUUGCCGGUAACGUAUACAGCAAGACAGAGGCCCUACUAUUGUUUAGGCAAGCUGGAAGUGCCUAGCGA